AUGGCUUUUCUUGGUGGUAACCCGUUACCACUUGAUCUUGAUCUUAAAAUAUCCAUUGCUGGCUUCAGUUUUGUUGCUAUUUCUGGUCUAGUGCUGUUGAAACUCCUUUACAAGCAUAGAUCAAAAGGCAAAAAAGCUCCCGGUGUCUUCAAGACUUUCUUGCUUUUUGCAUACUCUUGCUUUAUCAAGCCACAUGGUGGAGAUGCGAAUGCCACGCAGCAGGAUUCCCUAGAAAGCUUCUAUAAGAACCAAGCUGGUAUCUACGAUAGAACCAGGAAGAUUCUUCUGCAAGGUAGGGAGGAUAUGCUCGCACUCUUAGCUGCACAGCUCCUCGCCAGAUGUGAAACGGGAAAGCAAGAAGAUAUUGCCAAACCAACAUGGGUUGAUGUUGGUGGAGGAACAGGAUGGAACAUCGAGGCAAUGGGCACCUUUGUUGACGUUUCCAAUUUCUUCUCAACUGUCUACCUGGUCGAUUUAUCCCCAUCUCUUUGCGAAAUUGCCCGCCGUCGCUUUCAACGUCUUGGUUGGAAUAAUGUCAAAGUCAUUUGCGAGGAUGCGAGAACAUUCUCCCUCUCGAAUUACAAAAGUGAGACUUCUGACAGGGAUAUUUCAGCGUACCUCCCUGCCUCAAACUACUUUUGCCCGAGAAGCAUGCAGCAAAACCAUGUUGCGGAUCUCAUCACCAUGUCGUAUAGCCUAUCGAUGAUACCUGAUCAUUACUCUGUCAUUGAGUCACUCACUUCGAUUCUUUCUCCUGGCGGUUUGAUUGGUGUCAUUGAUUUUUACGUUCAAUCCAAGGUAGAAUUUGGAUUUAGAAACUACACCGGUGGCUUUUUGGGACGUCACGUCAAUUGGUUCAUGAGAACCUUUUGGCGAGCAUGGUUUGACCUCGACCGCGUUAGUCUUGAGGCCAGCCGCCGGGACUGUCUGGAGUACAAAUUCGGUACUGUUCUAACUGUGAACGCCCGGAAUUCUACUUUGUUUGGCAUCCCAUACUACAUUUGGAUAGGAUGUCAGAAGAAGCUUUCUUAUGAUGUUGUCAAGAAAGCGGACGCGCUUGGGACAAAUUCAUCUUUUCCGUUACAGAUAUCUGCCAGGUUAAGAUCUAAGGGCUCCGUGGUUGCGACGCAGAACAUUUCAGCCAACCUACCGCUACCAUCAUUCUUCUACCAGAAUCAGCAUUGGCGUGUCUACUAUGAUGACAAUCUUCGAAAGCACACCCAAUUCAACAAUGAGUAUAUCUACGCUUUUACCUGGGAAGACUCUCAAGUGGAUGAUCAGAUUCUUAAUCUGAAUGCAGACGAUGUUGUGUUGGCUAUCACCAGCGCCGGAGAUAACAUUCUCUCCUACUCAAUGAAGAGUCCGGCCAGAAUCCACUCCGUCGACCUAAACCCCACACAAAAUCAUCUUUUGGAGCUGAAGAUGGCAUGUUACACAUCCCUGCCCUAUGAAGAUUUCUGGUUGCUUUUUGGAGAAGGCAGACACCCCGAAUUUCGCACCCUGCUGCUCAACACCCUAUCACCACAUCUGUCCAGCCGAGCAUUCCAAUACUGGCUGAACCAUGUUCACGUCUUCUCUGGUCAGGAGAGGAGUGGUCUCUACGAUACAGGGGGCUCCCGCCACGGUAUACGGAUCUUCCGUUGGAUUUCAUGCCUCUUUGGCUGCCGCAGUGCGGUUCAAAAGUUUCUCGUAACAAAAUCUCUAAACGAGCAACGGGAGCUCUGGUUCUACAAGAUACGGCCUGUCUUGCUCUCCAAUAUAGUCUGCAAGCUUAUUGUCGGCCAGGAGAGUUUUCUUUGGUCUGCUCUCGGUGUUCCUAAGCACCAGCUUGCCAUGAUCGAAAAGGAUCAUGCCGAAAGUGAGGCCGUCACAGGGCCCGCUCCAUCUGACCGUAAGACUCGAUCCCAUGCAAUCUGGCGCUACAUGGUGAACACCCUCGAUCCAGUAGCUGAGCAGACGCACAUCAGCAUGGAUAACCCUUACUACCACGUGUGUAUGGCGGGUCAAUUUUCACGCGAGUGCCACCCAGACUAUCUCUCGCGUAAGGCACAUACCAAGCUCUCACGCCCAGGUGCUCUAGACAGAAUCAGCAUCCAUACUGACGAGGUCGAUGAGGUCCUGAGAUAUAUGACACCGGGCUCGCUGACUGUGGCUGUCAUUAUGGACAGUAUGGAUUGGUUUGACCCACACAGUGCAGCUGCCACUGUGCAGAUCACCAAUUUGAACCGCACUCUAAAGAUGGGUGGCCGUGUUCUUCUGCGGUCCUCGGCGCUGUGUCCCUGGUAUAUCAAAAUUUUUGAGGAUCAUGGAUUCUCCUCUAGGUGCAUGGGCUCACGAACAGGCGGCAUGUGCAUUGAUAGAGUCAACAUGUAUGCAUCCUGUUGGCUUUGUACUAAGACUGAGAAUUUACCGCUGUUGACACCCGAAAUGGAGUCCAUGGACGGAUCUGAUAUCGACAGCUUCUUUGCCUGA